AUGGCAACCAAUUCAAUCAAGUUGCUUACUGGCAAUAGCCAUCCGCAGCUUGCAAAGCAAGUUGCUGACAGAUUGGGCAUUAAUCUUGCAAAGACGAUGAGUCUCAACUACUCAAAUCAGGAGACCAGUGUUACUGUUGGAGAGAGUGUCCGCGAUGAAGAUGUCUUCAUUCUCCAAUCCACCGCCCCGGGCGACAUAAACGAUGGACUCAUGGAGUUACUGAUCAUGAUCAACGCCUGCAAGACCGCUUCCGCCCGACGCAUCACUGCCGUCAUCCCCAACUUCCCAUACGCACGACAAGACAAGAAAGACAAAUCUCGCGCUCCCAUCUCGGCGAAGCUUAUCGCGAAUAUGCUCCAGACGGCUGGCUGUAAUCAUGUUAUCACGAUGGAUUUGCAUGCGAGUCAGAUUCAGGGCUUUUUCAACGUGCCGGUGGAUAAUCUUUAUGCGGAACCCAGUACGUUGAGGUGGAUUCGAUCAAAUCUCAAUGUUAGGGAUUGUGUUGUUGUUUCGCCGGAUGCUGGAGGUGCUAAAAGAGCAACAUCCAUCGCCGACCGCCUCGAUCUUGGAUUUGCGCUUAUCCACAAGGAACGCGCUCGCCCGAAUGAAGUUUCCCGUAUGGUUUUGGUUGGUGAUGUUGAAAAUAAGAUUGCUAUUCUUGUAGACGACAUGGCAGACACCUGCGGCACCCUCGCAAAAGCCGCCGAAACCGUUAUGAAUCACAAAGCACGAGAGGUUGUCGCAAUAGUAACUCACGGUAUUCUCAGUGGAAACGCCAUCGAAACUCUGAACAAAAGCAGGUUAUCGAAAGUAGUAGUCACCAAUACGGUUCCCUUGGGCGAUAAGAUUGAGACAUGUGAGAAGAUACGUGUGAUGGAUAUCAGUCCUACACUCGCGGAAGCGAUUCGACGGACGCAUAAUGGAGAAAGUGUUAGUUUCUUGUUCACUCAUGCUCCUAGUGAGUAG